AUGUCGACGCCUUCGAGCAGCGAGGAAUUGCCUGGGAAAAUGAAUAUACCAGCUGGAGAAAAUGGAUCCUUUGUUUUCUUUCACCGAGAGUCUCAUCUGAAAUACAUUGCAAGUUUAUCAGCAAAGCUGGACAAACCUUCUAGUUACGAGGGAGCAGUUACAGAGCACCUUCGCAUGAGUGGGAUAUACUGGACGUACGCUGCUCUUUCGCUGCUUGUCCAGCGCCCAGAGGCUGAUAAAGUACUGGGAGUCACAUCUGCACCAUCCGACGAUCGCCCGAGCAUCGUGGAUUGGGUAUUGAAGUGCUACGUCAAGGGGACCGGAGGUUUCGGCGGAAAUCUAGGUCAUGAUGCCCAUAUUCUAUACACACUAUCUGCCUUGCAAAUUCUUGUCAUGGCUGAGUAUGAUCUGAAUCAGCUUCAUGUUGAUGAUAUUGUCAAGUUCAUUUUAUCACUGCAACAAGAAGAUGGAAGCUUUGUUGGCGAUCAGUGGGGAGAGGUGGAUACCCGAUUUUCCUAUUGUGCAAUCAGCGCGCUUUCAUUGCUCUCAAGCCUGGGUGAAAUCAAUCUUCCGAAAGCCGUGGAAUACAUUGCCUCAUGCCAAAACUUGGAUGGUGGAUUUGGAAGUAUGAAGGGAGCAGAAUCCCAUGCUGGACAGGUCUUUUGCUGUGUGGGAGCUCUCAGUAUAGCCAAGUCCUUGCAUGUGAUCAAACACCCAGAUCUACUUGGGUGGUGGUUGGCUGAAAGGCAAUGCGAUAGUGGAGGCCUGAAUGGUCGACCCGAAAAGCAGGCAGACGUUUGCUAUUCUUGGUGGAUUCUGAGUGCGCUUAGUAUAAUUGGACGCGUUGACUGGAUUAGUGGAGACAAGCUGGCCACUUUCAUUUCCAAAGCACAAGAUCCGGAUGACGGAGGUAUUGCUGAUAGACCAGACGAUAUGCCCGAUAUCUUUCACACAUUUUUCGGCUUAUCCGGUCUCAGUUUGCUAGGAAAACUACCAUCGGUAUUUCGUCAGAUUGAUCCGGUAUAUGCGCUACCAGUAGAUAUCGUUCUGGAACAGAAACUUUCCGCUCAGAUCAUUGGAAGCAAUGGAAAAGUGGAAGACAGGUUGUCGCAUUAUGAAAUUGUAGAAAGACAUAAAUAA